CAGGAGCCUUUCCUGUAGCAUUCACUCUGAACAACCUCAAAGAGAUAUACAGUCUAAUGAAGAAAGUAGCUGAUCCUGAACAGGUCACCUGUGACAACUGUACUACAGCUAACGCCACUGGAUACUGCAAAGACUGCAGUAAGUUCUUUUGUACAGAAUGUGAUGGAGUACACAAGAAAUGGGGUCCAACUUCUAACCAUCAGCUAACAAGUCUUGAUGAGGUGACAGCCUCUGAUGUCUCUUCUACUUCUCAAUUGCUAGCUCCAGCUAAACAGGAGGCAACCCUCACUUGCUCCACUCAUAAAAAGAAAAUGAAGCUCUACUGUGAAACUUGUGAUAGUGUUAUAUGUCGUGACUGUACAGUCCGUACUCAUAAAGACCAUGAGUAUGACUUAGUCUCUGCCAGUUAUACUAAACACUGUCAAGAAUUGGAAGGUUCUCUUAAUCCGGUAAAAGGGAAAAUUGAAGGACUCAAGAAGGUCCUGUCUGCUCUAGCAGAGAGAGAGGGUGAGAUCAGAGAGAGAGGAGAAGGAGUCUUAGAAGAAAUA